AUGGAGGAAGUUCCUAUUCUUGGAAAAGACCUUCCAUUGAUUCUAGGACGUCCAUUCAUGAGAACAGCAAGGACAAAAAUUGAUGUGUAUGAAGGCACUCUCACAAUGGCAUUCGAUGAGGAAACCGUGGAGUUUAAGGUAUUUGAUGCUUUAAAAUAUCCUAAUGAUGAUCAUGCUUGUUUUUCCAUAGAUGUACUUGAGCAAAUGGUACAAGAAACAUUUAAUGCAUCACAAGGAGAGACGCCAUUGGAGAGGGCACUCAUCCAAAGCCCCAAAACUGUGAAUAAAGAAGGGAACACAGUUGUACUUGAAGUUGUGAAUAUGCUUGAGGCCUUGCCUCCCCAAAGAGGUAAGUUUAACUCUAUUUUUGAGCCUCUUCCAUUAUCUACUAAUAAGCUUAUUCCCUCUAUUGUGAAGGCACCACAGGUUGAGCUAAAACCCCUUCCGGAGAACUUGAAAUAUGCAUAUUUAGGUGACGAAAAGACGCUGCCUGUGAUCAUUGCUUCUAAUUUGAGUGCAUCCAAAGAAGACAAAUUAAUUCGAGUUCUAAGAGAGCACAAGACUGCCCUAGGUUGGACCAUUGCAGACAUCAGAGGAAUAAGCCCUGCAAAGUGCAUGCAUAGGAUCCUUUUGGAAGGAGAAUCGAAACCUACAAGGGAAGCCCAAAGGAGGCUGAAUCCGAUGAUGAAAGAAGUCGUUAAGAAGGAAGUUUUGAAGCUUUUGGAUGUGGGAAUUAUAUACCCCAUUUCGGAUAGCAAGUGGGUGAAUCCCAUCCAAGUUGUUCCCAAGAAAUUCGGAAUUACCGUUGUGAAGAAUGAAGACAAUGAGUUGGUGCCUCAAAGAAUUCAAACGGGUUGGAGAGUAUGCAUAGAUUAUAGAAAGCUCAAUACCACGACACCACUUAGGUACCCUCCUCUAAAGAAGGACGCCAAGCCGCGACUGAUUAGGUGGACUCCAUUGCUUCAAGAAUUCAAUUUGGUGAUUAGAGACAGAAAGGGAGUGAAAACAUGUUUCCCCGAUGAGCAACUCCUUACCCUCGAAGCCAAGGACCCUUGGUACGCUGACAUUAUUAAUUAUAAGGUUUCAAAACUGAUUCCAGAGGAUCUCACUCGAGCUCAAAAGGAUAAGCUGGUCAAAACAAGUAAGUAUUAUGUUUGGGAUGAUCCGUACUUAUGGAAAUAUUGUCUAGAUCAGAUUGUUAGAAGGUUUGGGACACCAAGAGCCAUUAUCAGUGAUGGAGGCACUCACUUUUAUAGUAGGUCAUUUGAGGCACUUUUAAAGCGGUAUGGAAUUACACACAGGGUCUCGACACCUUAUCAUCCCCAAACAAGUGGACAAGUGGAGAUUAGUAACCGAGAAAUCAAGCAAAUCUUGGAGAAAACCGUGAGCCCUACAAGAAAGGAUUGGAGCUUGAGACUUAAUGAAGCAUUAUGGGCAUAUAGGACAGCUUACAAAACCCCCAUUGGUAUGUCUCCUUUUCGUUUGGUUUAUGGUAAAGCAUGUCACCUUCCGGUUGAACUUGAACAUAGAGCAUUUUGGGCAAUCAAGAAAUUCAAUUUCGAUAUGAAAGAGGCUAGAGAUGCAAGGCGACUCCAAUUGAAUGAAUUGGAUGAGAGGAGGAAUGAUGCCUAUGAGAGUGCACGGAUUUACAAGGAAAGGACUAAGGCAUUUCACGACAAAGCCAUUCAAAGGAAGACCUUCAAAAUAGGGCAGAAAGUCUUGCUCUUCAAUUCAUGCCUCCGGCUAUUACCAGGUAAGUUACGUUCUAGAUGGUACGGUCCUUUUGUUGUUACUAAUGUUUUCCCUCAUGGUGCAGUUGAGAUUCAAAUGACAAGACUGGAAACAUAUUCAAAGUGA